UCUAUCUCACUACUCCUCUCCAAUGGAUCCACCGGCUGGAGCUAUUAUCACUCUGAGGCAUGUGAAGUACUUUUGUUAAGGCGAUAAUUUCUAUUUUGAAUGAAUGGACACAUUUGCAAAACAGACAAACACACCAAAGAACCUUAUAUGAAUCUCAGGCAGUAAGGUAUUUAGUAAAUGUAUACAGGUUAACAACAGCAGGUGCAGGUAGACACCACCAACUCAAGACCUAUCACUAUCAGGAACAAUAUGAGUUGGAUUGCGACACAAUUUACAGAGAUUACAACAGUGUCAGGUAAGACUAAUCAAGGUUUGAAAGGUGUGUUCAUCUUAUCUAUGAGACGGAAGUGUCCCUGGUGAUGUGAACACUGCACAUCACACUCCCCUCUGCCCUCCAAGGACCCCAUCGCCCCCACCUCCCCCAACCUUUCACUCCACCUGCGUGGAUGAAGCACUUCUAAACCUGAAGCCCAGGUGAGCUCAGCGCAGACACAGGAAGCAUGGACACACUACACCUGCCACAGCCAAUGGCUGCUCAAAUCAAUGAGGACAAAGCGAGCCACGCACACUGGACUGUGACUCCGAUUGAGGAGGAGCAGGAGGCUGCAGACCCAUGGGACAUGCCAGAGCUGAAGGACACAGGGGUCCCAUGGUCAGCUCUGGAUACCAAGGGGAAAGUGUUGAGAGUGUUGGUGUCGGUGGGGAAGUUCAUCCUGCUGCUGGGUUUCCUCUACAUGUUCAUCUGCUCUCUCGACAUCCUCAGCUCCGCUUUCCAGCUUGUUGGAGGUAAAGCAGCAGGUGACAUCUUUCAGGACAACACAGUUCUGUCCAACCCUCUGGCUGGUCUGGUCAUUGGUGUUCUGGUCACUCUGCUGGUCCAGAGCUCAUCCACUUCCUCCUCCAUAGUUGUCAGCAUGGUGUCCUCUGGAUUGCUAACGGUCCAGCUGGCUGUUCCUAUCAUCAUGGGCACCAACAUCGGCACCUCUGUCACCAACACACUAGUCGCCAUGACGCAGGCUGGUGACCGCAGCACCUUUCGCAGGGCUUUUGCAGGGGCCACUGUUCACGACUUCUUCAACUGGCUCUCUGUGCUGGUGCUGCUGCCUCUGGAGGUCGCCACUGGUUAUUUGUACGUGGUCACCAAGCUCAUCAUUGACUCUUUCAAAAUUGAGAGUGGAGAGGCCCCGGACCUGUUAAAUGUGAUCACUGAUAUUCUCACUGAGUCAAUUAUACAGUUGGAUCAGUCUGUCAUUAGUGGGAUUGCCACAGGAGACCCAGAAGCCAGGAAUAAGAGUCUCAUCAAGAAAUGGUGCCAAACCUUCACCAACUCAACCUUAAUGAACGUCACAGUUCCUGGUCCAGAGAACUGCACAUCUCCAUCUCUCUGCUGGUUCGAUGGCAACUACACCUUCACACUGAAGAACAUUUCUGAAACGUACAAUGUCCAGAGAUGUAAGCAUCUCUUUGUUAAUGUGAAUCUGCCUGACCUGGCAGUGGGUCUGAUCCUGCUGGCUCUUUCUUUGCUGGUGCUCUGCUCCUGCCUGAUCCUGAUCGUCAAGCUGCUCAACUCCAUGCUGAAGGGACAGGUGGCUGCAGUCAUCAAGAAGAUCCUUAACACUGAUUUCCCUUUUCCAUUUGGCUGGGUCACAGGUUACAUUGCCAUUUUAGUUGGAGCUGGAAUGACCUUCAUUGUGCAGAGCAGUUCGGUUUUCACUUCUGCUAUUACUCCACUUGUUGGUAUUGGUGUCAUCAGCAUAGAAAGAGCAUACCCGUUGUCUCUGGGUUCAAAUAUUGGCACAACCACCACAGCCAUCCUGGCAGCUAUGGCGAGUCCUGGAGACACACUGGCUAAUGCUCUACAGAUUGCCCUUGUGCACUUCCUGUUCAACAUCUCUGGCAUUAUUCUGUGGUAUCCAAUCCCCUUCACCCGCGUCCCUAUCCGGCUGGCGAAAAGCCUGGGGAACAUCACCGCCUCUUACCGCUGGUUUGCUGCCAUCUACAUAAUCUUUUUCUUCUUCGUUUUACCGCUCUUCAUCUUCAGCCUGUCACUGGCCGGCUGGCAGGUACUGGUAGGCGUGGGUGCACCUCUCGUUGUCAUAUUGAUCAUCAUCAUAGUGAUCAACACACUGCAGAAAUGGAAACCUGGGUGUCUGCCUGCAGCACUGCGAUCCUGGGACUUCCUCCCGCUGUGGGCCCACUCCCUGGCUCCCUGGGACAAAGUGGUUGGUGUGAUUACCACCAAAUGCUGUUGCUGCUGCAAAUGCUGCCAAAUUUCUGCUGAUGAUCAAGAACCCAGCGAUAAAGAACCAGUGGGAAAUAACAACACAGAGGUGUAUGAUAACCCUGCAAUGAGUGCAGAGAAGGAGGUGGAAAAUGAGAUCAAUUUAGAGCUAAAGAUUCUGAAGAUGACCAAGCUUUGAGAUUUUGUAUACAUAUUAGGUGUGUGACUAUUUGUGUAUGAUGCAAAGACAUGCAUUGGUCAUGCACAAGGACAAAACACAUUUAGGCAAAACUCUUAAAUGUUUGUAAUAUUUAUGCUAUUACUUUAGUGUAAGAUGGGAAAUGGCUAUAUAGAAUUAAAACUGUCUGCGUAUCAACAAAAUGCACAUGUAGGAAAGUGUUGGUCUUUCAGCUGCAUGGUGUUAACUGAGGUGGCCUUUAAAGGAUAAGGCUUGCAAUAUUCAUUUUUGUUUUGUUUGUUAUAUUCAACAAAUCCCACAAUUCAUUAGUCAUCUCUCAAUACUCUAUGACUUGCCUCAAUACUUUAUGACUUUCCAUACCCAGUCUGUGGCUUUCAGCUUCAAGCAAUGUUAAAAACGGCUCACAAAUAUCUAGUUUAAUUUUUAAAAAGGCAAAAUAAUUUCCUAAAGCAGCUGGGCACUGUAGUUUAUAACAAUCAAUACUUAAACAGAAGGAAAUAGUGCAUUUAUUGUGGACUAUUUUCAGCUGUGGAGUAAUACAAUUCUAGUGAGCAUUUCCGGGAGCAGGAGGGUGUUAUAUAAUAAAUAAUCAGGGGAUUUGUGGACAAUAUUAAAAUAUAAAAUAUCACCAGACUAAUAUAGUAUUUGAGUUUCCAACUUUAGCUCAACAGAAUAAAUCACAAUUUAAAAAUUUUCAAAUAUAGUUAUUGGGUUUUUAUCUUAUAAUGCGAUAACUGAAUUGAUGAAAUACAAAUAAGGUGUAUGUUGUUGAACAAAGUCAAUACAAACAAAGCAAACAGUUAUUGAAAGAGCACAGCAAUGCAAAGUUUAUAGGCAAUUGUUUAAAUGUGAAAACUCUUGAGGAUGCCAUGGGCUUUGUGCACAAACAUACAGUAGCCUACAGUCAGUCAGGAUCAUAUCUGCACAAAACCACAGACUUGAAAAAAUGAGGUUGAAUCUUUUUUUAUUUACAAAAGAAAAAAAUCUUGUUUUUACUGUGUAUAAAGACACAUUGAGAUCCUUAUCACAUCGUUUUAAGGUGUAAAAAUUAUUUUGUAAUUGACGGAUAAUUGUAUUCAAGGAAUAUGUAUUUUAAAAAUUAGAUGUGCAUCUAACUAAAUGUUUUGAACUUUUAAUGCUGAGUUGUAUAUUGAUUCUCCAUAAUACCUAUUUAAAAAUAAAAGAUAAAAGUUAUACUUAAUUGAAAGGUUUUUUUUCUACUGACCUGGCAGAAACCACUAGACUCAUCAUUUUUAAUGUUCCCAGAUUACAUCUGACCCUAUAUAAUGGGUAUGAUAAGAGAUGAAUUGCUCUACUAUCAGUGUUAUCUGAAGACUUCUCUGAGUAAGGCAUUUUGGGAAUGAACAAUUAUGGUAAAAGGGAGGAAAAGAGUUGAGAGUACAGUUCAGAGUAACAAACAUGCUCCGUAUCUCAAAGUGUCAUAAACUUUAUCAACAUCAUUAUUACUAUUAUAAGUGUUAUUAAUCAUUUACUAUUUUUGUAAUGGCUGUCUUACAGAAAGUCAGGUAGUUUGCUGUUACUUGUUUAUGACUGUUCUGUUGCAUUUGUGAGCUUUUUUCUUUUUUAAGUGUCUGGGCGAAACACAACCAGUGUCCAGGAAACUGUUGUGCCGACUGCUAUGUCACAUGUCAGUAAACCUUGUGCAAACAGCAUGAGAUGGAUUAUCAAUAUGUCAAUAACGAGGGCACACAACUGUGCCAAAGUGCACAAACCUCCACAGGACACUUUCCACAUGGUCAACUGACACUUACUUAAAGUAAAUAUGUACAUUUACUCAAGGGAUUAAAUGUAGAUAUGAAAUCUGAAAA